AAUUUCAAAUCAGUUUCAUGAAUAGACACUACAAUGAGAUCAGCCAUGUAUCGCUUCGAUUGAGAAUAUUUUUUUCCGAAUGAUUGUUUUAGUUUCUCGGGCUAAUAAAGAAAACAAAGGCACAGACAAAGAAAACAAAGGCACAGACAGACUAACAAAAGCGCAAUUGUAAAAUAUUUUUUUUUGAAGAACCAAAGCACAAGUUGUAAUUUUUAUAAACUGAAUGUUAAAAUAACUCAACCAGAGAGACAAAUAUGAACUAAAAACACAGCAAGCAUAAAAAAGAUAAAGCAAGGAAAAGCAUCUGAUUCCCUCAAAAUUGAAAGAUCGAAGCCAUUGCCAAGAAAGCUGGCCAUUUUUUAAUUAGAAGCCGCUCAUUUCCUUUACUUUGCAUUUCCUUUGCCUCAUUUCGGAUUUAAGAUAUUUUCAAAUAGAUCCAACCAACCUCUACAAUCGAAUUUCCAUUUUGCCUGAUUGAUAAUUAGUCGAAUUUUGUCUCUUCCUAAUUUGUUAAAAUUGGAUUUUAAACCCCUUUUGAAUCCAACCGAGCACCCGUCUCUAAUCAGAUUAAAAUGAAACCCAAUAUAACAGUAUCGUCUAAUUAGGCUUGCUUGAGCGGGAUUAAGAAGAUUUGAACAAGGAAACAAGGUUUAUUUUAAAUGUUAACAUACACUAAUUGGAUUGACAACUUCGGUGAUAACCAAAAAAAUCACAGCGUAUUCUAAAAGGUUUUAAGACAGCAGACAAGCUUCAGACUAAAAAUAGACGCACCAAAAGAAGAAAAAAAUACAGCAAAUUCAGAAAAAUUGUCCAGUUCAACUGUUUUAGUCCAUUUUUGAGUGGGCGAUCAUUGAAAACUUCAUCAAGAUUCAGCGUUCAAAUUUGACUCCAGGAACAGCGAAAAAGAAAUUAUUCGCUACAGCUUGGCCCAUUAUCUCUUACUCUUCUAUAAUAAACUUCAGAUAACCGUUUAGUUCUUCAAAUCAUAUUUCGAAAUUACUCGUCGUUGAAUCAUUGGACUUAUUCGUAGGCUACUUCAACAUUUUAUCACCAACCUUUUAAUUACUAAUUAUUUGUUUCUCGAAAUUUAUCAGAAAUUUCAGUGCUUUUCCAGAAAUUUAUCUUUUAAGACUGAUUGAUCGCAAGACUUUCGCAAAGGAGUCUUUGAAUUUUUCGCUUCGUCGUUUGCGUUACUUCUAGAAAGUUCUCGAACAUUCUCACCUGACUUAAGAAUCGCAUCGCAUCAAUGGUGGUUCGCAUCGAGGGAAUACAACAGACGCAUGUGUACAUGGAGAAAGAGGCAGCCAAGGGAGUGUUCAUGGCCAUCUUCACUAUUCUGAACAUGGUGUGGUCGCUCUGCUCGAAUGGGAUGCUGUUGUAUGUCUACCUGAAGAGACCCAAACUCAUCCUCAGAGACCUCCCCAUGCAGACUGUCUUCAUCAUCGUCACAUGUAACCUUGUGUUGACGAUGAUGAGUAUGCCACUAAGUGUGUUGGUGUGUGUGUGGAGUGGGGGAGACAAGUGGGAAUUCAGUGAGUCACUCUGUCUCUCUCAGGCUACCAUCAGCUCCACCUGUCAACUCAUCACACUCUCCCUCGCCACUCUCAUGGCGCUCGACAGGCUACUCGCCAUUCUAUUCCCAAUAAUUCACUCGCACCUCGUGACCAAAGCAACCUCCCUCGUCACAACCACUAUCAUAUGCAUAACAUCACUAUCUACCAGUCUCCUUUGGAUGCUACAACCAGAAGACAAACAACAGCCAGACUACAAACCAUACCACUACGAUCCAAACCUACUCAACUGUGCAGCUAACUUAGACGAAAUCAACAACAAAACCACUGAACAGUCUGUCAAAAUAGUCGCUGUUAUCCUACCGAUUUUAACCCUCAACUCCAGUUUCAUAUUAAUAAUUUUGGCCACUCUGAUUUAUGAUCGACGUUUGAACUCCAGGAAACUAAGUCAAAGUAAAAUUUCAGAUCACGAAGACAGUGAAUUCAAUUUUCUAUCUUCAAAUCACAUCGCCCAAUCUCGCCGAAAUCUCAACAAAAUCAGAAAGUCAAGCAUAGUUUUAAUUAUUUUCUUCGACAUUUUCAUGAUACCUUUUUACAUAUCGAGAAUCAAUUUAAUCGCAAUAAACUCAAAACUAAUUUUGAUUCUAUACGGAUUGAGUGUAUCAAUUAGCCCAAUUUUAUUCGGCUAUAUGAACAAAACAACACGUGUUUCUAUUAAAAAAUGUCUGCAAUACUUCGUACAAGAUCCAAAAUAUUUCGGCCAGCGUCAAGAUUCCGAAACACGGAGCAUCGGCGGGUGGGUCGCACCCGAACCACAACGCGUGCGAUAUCAGGAAACUUCGCUGAGCCGACAUCUAAACUUUUCGCAGCUGAAACGAGUUGAGAUGCCCGAUUCGAGCGAGUUGUCGGAUAUCUUUCUGCGAGCUGAAAGCCCCGAAGGCCAUCGGGUUCUGAUUUUCAAAAAGAUGGGCGAAGUCGUGAAACUUCCGACCGAAACGAGUCUCGUCACCUUGGCUACUACAAUUGAAAACGACGAGGAAGUGUUGACUGCAAUCAUUGAGACUCCGCCUGUAAAUUCGGGUCCGAGGACUAGGAUUCCCGCUGUCAGAAUCUCGAAAGUAGCUUCUCAAGAUACAAACGAGGAUUCGUCUUCGAUAGAUGAUAGAGAAAAGUAUAUUCGACGGAAAAACUUCAGCGUUCCUUUGGCUUUACAAGAUGAAUAUGAACGAUACUCAUGUGUUUCUGUGGAAGAAAAACCAAUUUGA